CAUAAUGGCAAUUGUCAUUAGUCGAUAAGUGUCAGCGUGUUAUCCACAUGCAACAGUCAUUAAAUAUAAACGCCCCAGUCAGUUGGCCGCACAAAACGCAAUUGUCUCUCGAUUCUUUAAGAUGUGGACGACUCGUGCUUUGAUUGUGUUCGGCUUAGUAAUGUUGCUUUGUCAGCUAUUACUUGUGGCGGGUGCACCUGGCCCCAUAUGGACCUUCGACCAGGUGGGCUCCUAUUUCAAUGGCAUCUUUCGCUCAGUGGUUGGACCAAUCUUUGGGCUGGACGACAAUGCCAAAAGUGGCAACAGCACAAGCAACUAGGUUAACUCUCCCCUCUUACCGCACCAAUCCAAAAGGCACUGGCAACUUCUCAACGAUGUCCACGGUGCAGUCGCUCAGCUGUUUGAGUAAAUAUUGUGCUGCAUAGAAACCGGCUGGACCAGCGCCCACAAUACAUAUCCGUUUUUUUGCCGCCACCUGUUGCACAUUUUGUAGCCUUAUUGCACUUGUAUUUACAUUACGACUGUAUUUAUUUAACAAACUCAGACGCGAAUAUAACAAAUUGCGAGGGAAA